CAGCAUGCAGUUCGUUCAUAUCUGUGAGUCCGAGGGCGGAAGUUGUUCACAACAGUUAACACAUGUGUGUGUGAUCAUAUUUACUUUGGGAUACUAUUUUAUCAACUUAACAUAUUGAGCUUUCAUAGGAAAGUACAUAAAAGAUGACGGCCCAGGAGGUGCGUCUGUGUGGACUCCUCCUGCAGGAGCAUUUUGGGGAGGUAGUGGAGAAAGUGGGCACCCAGCUCAUCAGAAGUGGAGCACUCAUACUACGAGCCGUUGUCCAGGAAUCCAACUUGCCCCUCGACUUGGUGAAGAAGUCUCUGUGUGUGCUGGCGCAGCACGGCAUGUGUGUGUUUGGCGGAGGGCGUCGGGGCCCGGGGGCGCCUGUGGAGUACCGCGUGUGUGUGGAGCGCGUGCUGCACAUGCUGCGCUACCCCCGCUACAUCUACACGGCCAAGAGUCUGUACGGAGACACGGGCGAGCUCAUCGUGGAGGAGAUCCUGCAGCGGGGACAGAUGACCAUGACCUGCGCUGUCAAGACUGUCGCUGACAGGCUUACGCACAAUAUGGAGGAUGGCUGCAGUAUGGACUACAGUGAGGUGAUCUCAGCGUUCUCCAACUUGGUGGAGACUCACUUCCUGCAGCGCUGCCCCCUUGUGGCUGAGCAAGGAAGCGCACCUCCAACCACAACAAGCACAGUAGAAACUGCUCCUGCCCCACCAGCCAUCACAUGCCCCCCAACACCCGAAAGUAACCCUGAUUGUUACAAACUGCCUCAGAUAAACCUCAGAGGCCGAGGCAAACGGCGGCGCUCAGGUGAGGAUGCAGAGGACCAGAGAGGGGGAAAGCGAGCAAAACUGGACAACGGAGAGCCGGUGGGUGAUGAGGGGAUCUAUUGGCAGGUAAACUUUGAGCGUUUCCACCUGCACUUCAGGGAUCAGGCCAUCAUCAGCGCAGUGGCCUGCAAGCUGGACCAGACGAGCAGUGAGAUCGUUCGGACCAUGCUGAGAAUGAGUGAGGUCACAACUCAGCCUGGAGCUGCCCACACACAACCUCUCUCAGCCAAUGAGAUUUUCCGAGCCCUUCCCGCAAAUUACAGCAUUAGCAGACCCAUUCUGGAUCAGUACCUCAGCUUACUGGUGGAUGACCCGAUGGAGUUUGUUGGGAAGUCAGGAGACAGUGGAGGGGGGAUGUAUGUUGUCAACCUGCACAGAGCGUUGGCCAACCUGGCGAGAGCUACCCUGGAGUCUGUGGUGCAGGAGAGAUUUGGCUCGCGGUCGGCUCGCAUCUUCCGGUUGUUGCUAAGGAAACGACACCUGGAGCAGAAGCAGGUUGAGGACUUUGCCAUGAUUCCAGCCAAGGAGGCUAAAGACAUGCUUUACACACUACUGUCAGAAAACCUUGUUCAGCUUCAGGAAAUCCCAAAGACCCCAGACCACGCCCCCUCCCGCACAUUCUACUUGUACACGGUCAACCAGCUGCCCACAGCCAGGAUGCUGCUGCAGCGCUGCUAUAAGACAGUGGCCAACCUUAUAGAGAGACGCCUCUUCGAGAGCAAGGAAAACAAGCGUCAUCUGGAGAAGUCUCAGAGGAUCGAGGCGAUCCUGGCUUCGCUGCAGGCCACGGGGGCUGAGGGUACUCAGCUUCAGGAAGUCGAGGAGAUGAUCACCGCCCCAGAGAGACAGCAGCUCGAGGCGCUACGACAUCACAUCAACAAGCUGGACUCCAGUGAGAACCAGGUGGAUGAGACCAUAUUCCUGCUGGAGUCCUACAUCAAGUCCACAGGCACCUCCCACUGACCCUGAGGCCGGAGAGAUGGAGGGAUGGAGGGUGAAGAAAGAAAAGAGUGAGAAAGACAGAGGAGGGGGACAAGAGAUGAGAGAAGAACUCACUGAUGUGUUCUAGCGGAUGUGUAACCAUGGGCGCCGAGAGUCACCCUAGUUUUAGUGUUGGGAUGAAUGGAGAUGGCCCCUGGGUGGUGAAGUCAAACAGUGUGGGGGGGAACGAACCUGAUGGCACCAAACUAUGGACGGGCUCUCGACCAGACGCUCACCAGACGAGGACCGUAUUUGUCCACUGCCAGUCUGAAUAUACUUCAUCUUCAUAUCAUUAUUUCUUUGAAUAGAUUUGUCAAUAAAAUAUUUUGAUUUUG